CGUUUCGUCAAUGCACUUGUGUCUAGUGGAUCAUGUUCGGGAGCGCACAAAUGUGGCAUGCUUGAGACGCUGUCAAAAUAUCAUAACAACAUAUUAUUCAGCAUUGAACGAUGGAGAACAUGCAGCCACUCCGUGUUCUGGAGUUAUACAGCGGAAUAGGAGGGAUGCAUUAUGCUUUAAAGGAGAGCUCAGUUCCUGCUGAAGUUGUUGCUGCUGUGGAUGUCAACACAACAGCCAAUGAAAUCUCCCCAACACACCACCCCAACAAAAAACUACCGACAAAAACUAUUCAGGGAAUGAUGUUACAGGAUUUUGACAAACUGAACUUUGACAUGAUUUUGAUGAGCCCACCAUGUCAGCCGUUCACCAGGAUUGGUUUGCAGGGAGAUGUUGCCGACCCCAGAACAAAGAGCUUCCUCUAUAUCCUGGAGCUUCUGCCAAGGCUCAGCAAGCGGCCGCGCUUCAUUCUGCUGGAGAAUGUGAAGGGCUUUGAGACCUCUGCUGCAAGGGACGCUUUGCUAAAGACAUUGAGAGAGUGUGACUACAGCUUUCAGGAGUUUCUGAUCUCACCAACAUCUCUUGGGAUUCCAAACUCUAGGCUCAGAUACUUCCUGAUUGCAAAGAGACCACCAGGACCCUUCUCAUUCCCGACUUCAGCAGAGAUAAUGGAGGGCUUCCCCAUGUCUGAAUCACCAGACAGUCUCACUGUUCCACACAAUAAUCCUACAUCAUCUGAGUGUGAGAGAGAAAAGAGUGGGACGAUCAUUUUUAAGCUGGAGACAGAACAAGAGUUGGAAAGGAAGAGGAUCCAGGACAGUCAGGAAACAGUCCGGAGGCUGCAGGACUUCCUGCAGGAGGAUGAAGAAGACCUGGAUCAGUAUCUGCUGCCCCCCAAAACCCUGCUCAGAUACGCUUUACUGAUGGAUGUAGUUCAGCCCAGCUUCAGGAGAUCAGUCUGCUUCACUAAAGGUUAUGGUCACUAUGUGGAGGGCACGGGCUCUGUCCUGCAGGCCUGUGUGGAUGUGGAGCUAGAGAGUGUGUUUAAGAACCUGGAUCUCCUUUCUGAAGCAGACAAACUAAAGCAGCUUCUUCAGUUAAAGCUGAGAUACUUCACACCCAGAGAGAUCGCCAACCUCAUGGGCUUUCCUGCAGAUUUCACAUUUCCAAAGCACAUUUCCGUUAAGCAGCAGUACCGUGUGCUGGGAAACAGCUUGAACGUCCAUGUGGUUUCACAUCUUAUACGUCUCAUGAUCUCAAAAUAGACAUUACAUGGACUGAAAGAAAAUUUAUGUAUAAUGUAUAUAUAAUAUCUAAAAUGUUUAUUUUUUAUUUUUUUUUAAAUUAAGGCCAUGUCUAUUGUUGUU